CUACUCUUUGAAGUUUGUAAGAAAGUUAGGCACUUGGACUUGGAUUUUGUACUUCUACACCAUUUUCCUGUCAGCUUCUUAAGUGACGAGGCCAAUGAAUGUUUUCCCCCAAAUAUACGGACACUGGCUAUUAAAGAUGUAAAGGUAACUCAGUCUCCAAACCCGCACACGCCCUCGUAUUGUCUCGGUAUGUUGGUGAAGAGAUGUCCAGGAUUGCAUGCGCUGGAAUUUGCCGAUUCCAACGAGAAAGGGGAACCUUACCAUGCAAAGCACGAUGAUUUCUGCAGGGAAGCAUUCCUCCAGCACGCUCGAGCUCUGCUCGGCAAGUUCUCGCUAUAUGGAUUGCGAACCGAUAAACAAGACAUUUUGCAUAAUGGACAAAUGAUACGGAAGACAAGGCUUCGGAGGCUCUGCGAAACAAUUGAGACAUUGGUAUUCGAUAAACACUAUUUUGAAGUGAGCGGUAUUGUUCAAGCGAUUUUAUCAAAUUGUCCACACUUGAAGCAAUUGACGGGACCUAAAAUCAUGGUGACGGAGAUUGUCAGUGGCGUAGAAUGGGUUAGCACUAGACUGACUAACUUGACUAUCUAUCUUGAGGCAAACGUGGAUCAAGAGACUGCUGAGGGCAUGGCGAAACAGCGCAUUGCGUUCAGACAACUGGGAAAAUUGACUCGGCUUCGAACCCUUGACUUAACAUCCUGGCGCAGAGAAAAUGACAAACGAACUCUGGACUUGAGACUGAGAGCAGGUCUGAAUGAGCUAGCCAAUUUGAAGAAUUUGGAUAGCUUGGUGUUCAGGGGUGAUAAUCACCAGCGAAUGGGUCUUGAAGAAGCGACAUGGAUAGUGGACAACUGGCCAAGCAUCAGAUGUUUGAAUGGCCAUCCAACUAAUGAGGAAGAUGUGUACACUUUGGUACAUAGCUUACUUCAGUCUCACAACAUAGUCCUUAACAAUUAGACCAAAAGAUUAGAGAAAUACAUUAUCAAUCCACGAUCCUGGUGUAAAGGGCAUGAGCUUUGGAUAUGGG